AUGGGGUCAAAAACUGCCCCCAACGUCACCAUCGAAGACUUGAUUGUCAGAUCUAAGUUUCUUUUGCAAACCAUAGCGCAAAACACCCACGAAAAAUAUGGAUUCGGGACACUAACGUGCACCAUCUAUGACUCCGCAUGGGUUGCUCUCGUCAAGAAGCCAGACCAGACUGGCAAAGUGCAAUGGCUAUUCCCGGAGAGCUUUGCCUACAUUAUUAAGAUGCAAUGUGCUGACGGCGGUUGGAUGAGCAACACCAAGGCCCAAGUGGAUGGUAUCCUCAACACCAUGGCGGGACUGCUAGUGCUCAAACGAUACACCACAGAGCCCCUCCAAGUGGCUCUAGACCAGGGUCAUAUGGCAGAGAAACUUGAGCGCGCACUGGACAGCCUUCGCUCUCAACUUGACUCCUGGGACGCCUCCACUUCCAAUAACGUGGGAUUCGAAGUGAUUGUACCCGCCAUGUUGGAUCUCUUGGCUGCCGAAGACCCAUCGCUUGUCUUCCAUUUCCAAGCCAAGCCGGACUUGCUCGAGGUGUACCAGGCAAAGCUUUCUCGAUUCAAGCCAGAAUUCUUGUACGGGAAUGAUUUUGUGACAGCUACACACUCGCUGGAAGCAUUCAUCGGCCGACUAGACUUUGACAGGAUCAAGCAUCACAAGAUGUUUGGUUCGUUUUUCGCAUCACCGUCAUCCACAGCUGCGUACUUGAUGAAUGUUUCAGAAUGGGACGAAGAGGCUGAGGCGUAUCUGCGACACGUCGUCGCAUUUUCUGUUGGACAAGGCAACGGUGGUGUUCCUGGUGUGUUUCCGACUACAAACUUCGAGUAUAUUUGGGUCCUCUCAACUUUGCUUAGGUCUGGGUUCUCAGUGCUUGAGCUAGCCUCGCCGGAGCUCAACAGCAUGACAGAAAUGCUGCUUCAAACUUAUGAAGAAUCCGAGGGUGUAGUUGGCCUAGCGCCUGGAAUUGAAGCCGAUGUCGAUGACACUGCGAAGCUCAUCACAACCCUAGGCUAUCUCGGAGAGACAGUGCAGCCUCAACGUCUGAUAGAGGUCUUUGAGGUGCAGACACACUUCCGAGUGUAUCAGCACGAGCGUGACGCAAGCUUCAGUGCAAACUGCAAUGCCCUUAUUGCUCUUCUGCAUCCCGGUCAUUGCGACAUGUAUUGUGCGCAAAUUCGGAAGCUAGCCGAGUUUUUGUGCAAUAGGAAAUGGAAUGCAGAUGCGUGCAUCCGGGACAAAUGGAACACUAGCCAUCUUUACUCAUCAUUAUUAUUUGCAGAAGCAUUCACAGAUUUGCUUUACUUGGUUGAACAAGAUCACCUCGCAGAGACUUUCAGCGAGUCAUUUUUACGCAAGGCUGGCAUUUGCUUGUACCAAACUUGUCUGCGGCCCCUUUUGGACCAGUGUAGCAAUGGAUCCUGGGGUGAUUCUAUCGAAGAGACCGCUUAUGCAGUCUCCAUACUUGGCGAAGCACAAAAGCUGGUCUUUUUCCAGGACCUGCAGCAGAUCUUACGCGCCGCCAUCGACGAAGGCAUCGAUUACAUUCUGUCUUUUGCCACGACCAAAAUGAGCCAUCAUUGGUCUGACAAGGUGAGCUACGGCUCCCAUUCCAUUACCGAAGCCUACAUCUUGGCCGCUCUCCGGCAAGCGACUGUGCCCUUCACGGGUGCCAUCGGCUGUUCCAUAUUCGGAAACGCUACCGUGGAAAAGUCUGCAAGACAGAUUGAGUUGUUUCACAAAACGCCCCUUUUAGAGUGUCUGCCUCGAUGGGAGGUGGUUGCAUCUCUCAUUGACGCUGAACUGUUUGAACGGUUCAUCGACGUCCCCAAGCUCCAGUUUCUGCCCUCGAAUAGUGUCCAGGGCGGCGCGUACCUCAAGUUGGUGCCGUUUACCUGGACUAGCUGCAGCAACAGAUCGAGGUCGUAUGCUUCUCCCAGCUUUUUGCAUGAGAUGAUGGUCCUGUCUUUCUUUACGUAUCAAGCUGAUGAGUUUAUGGAGUCCAUUGCUGGACCAUCAUUUCAUGGUCGCUACGGGAUUUUGCGAAGUCUUAUUGACAAAGCGACGUUUCAUCCGCUGGAGCUGCCUCUCUCUCUUGAACCCGAACUUAACGAGCAAGUGACCAAAGCCGAUGCAGAAAUAUCACAACAGCUGUCACAAUGUGUGGACUUUCUGCUUAACAACGACGUCAUACAACAGGCGAGCUUCCACGACCGACGUAAUCUUCGACAGGAGCUGCGUCACUUUUUCCUCGCCCACACAGCCCAGGCGCAGGAUAAUCUGCGUUACGUGAUGGACAUUCAACUCGAGGACAAAGUCGUCUGUUCCGUAUCCCACAGUUACGCUCGAUGGGUAGCGACAACGUCGGCCGACCACAUUGCCGGCCCGUUCUGCUUUGCGUUUGCGCUCUGUGUCAUUGGCGCCAGCCUGCCCUCCAGAACGCUAGACAAAGACUGCUUUCCGUUAGUAGUGGAAAAGUAUUAUGCCGCCAGUGCCUCCACGCAUCUCUCCAUCAUGUGCCGCAUGUACAACGACAUCGGCUCCUGGGAAAGAGACAAUCGCGAAAACAACCUGAAUUCGCUGCACUUUGAGGAGUUCGCCACAGAAGUGAAAGCAGGCAGCCAGAAAUUGGCUCUGUACGGUCUGGCUCAGUAUGAGCGCGGCUGUUGGAAUGAGGCACUGAGUCUUUUACAGGCCGAGAAUAAUGCCAAAGGCAACAAUUCGAUGAAACAGUGUGGUAACCGUCGCAUCAAUUUGGUUCGUUUGUUUUGUGAUGUUACGGAUAUCUAUGGCCAGAUCUAUCUUCUAAAGGAUAUCUCCAGCCCGAUUGCAGUGCGGCAGCGCACAGCGGCGGCGUGA